AUGCUGUCCGAGUCAUUCGUGGCGUCGACGCUCGCCUCGGCCAAAUCCACGGUCGCGGCGCUGCGCGAUGUCGGGAUUUGCGUGCACGAAUGGCAGCCAGCGGCCACGCUGCGAUCGACGUUCAAGAAGAGCUCCACGGCAACCAACUGUCUGGCCGUGAGUCCCUCGCAUGUCUUUGCGGCGCAGGCAGAGAAAGCCGUGGUGCAUGUGUACAGUCGCGAGAAAGGCAAUCAGGAGGCCGUGGUGCCUUUCCCCGAGCGCAUUCGCAGCAUUGCGGUCGUCGGAGCCAAGUAUGGUGACGUCGUGGUCUUGGGCACAGAGGGUGGCCGACUGAUCCUGUGGGAGACCUGCACUGGACGCCAGGUGGCCACCACGGCCUCGCAUCUGCAGCCGGUGACUUCGCUCGUCGUCGAUCCCACCUCCAACUUCAUCCUGUCCGGCGCCGCGGACGCCAGUGUCCAUGUCUGGUCGCUGGUCGGCAUCCUCUCCUUUGCGACCCCAGCUUCCGGUCAUAACCGCCAGCCCCCGAAUGCUCCGAUCCGGACCUUCUCGAACCACCGCGCCGCCAUCACCUCUCUCGCCCUGGGGCAUAGCAAUGGCCGACAUAACAUGGUGGUCUCGACUGCCAAGGACAAUACCGCAAUCGCAUGGGACUACCACACCGGAAAAGCCUUGCGCACCUUCCUUCUCCCCUCCUCCGCCACCUGCACGGUUUUGGAUCCCGUCGACCGAGCAUUUUACGUGGGAUACGAAGACGGCAGCGUCCAGUCGGUGGACUUGUACCGGAAUCAAUCUACCCAACAUCCCCUGCACGAUCCAUCUCUCCAAUCCACUCCAGCACAGGCCUCCGCAGAAGACCGCUGGCUACCUCCAUCCAGCGACUCGGGCAAAGUAAACGCUCUAGGCGUGUCUUACGACGGCACGACAUUACUAUCAGGACAUGACAACGGCAAGGCUCUAUCAUGGAACAUUGCACGACACAAGUUCGCGGCCCAAGUCGCCGACUACACGCACCCCAUUACAAAUCUCUUCAUACUCCCACCAAGCGGCCUGUCAGAUACCUCUCCGACAAAGAGAAUGGCGCACGCGAUCGUCAAGCCACGCCACGACCAUGCGCUGUCGAGUCAAACACACACCCCCGGCGCCGUACCAGCCGAAUACGUGUUCCACACGCACAUCCUCGCUUCGCGGUCCACCAAAUCCCAAUUCUCGCAAGCACUUGCCCACCCCUUCUUCCCAGACUCCAUGAUCACCGACGGGCUAGCGGAGCUGGCUUCACUACGCCAGUCCGGCGGCGCAGAGAUCUCCACCGUCUCCACGGCUGCUCCACUUUCGGCAGCUGAGAAUGCAGACCCCCCUCGUGUCUCAGAGCUGGAAAGCGAGGUGUCUACGCUAAAGAAAAAAGUCGCCGUUAACGAGGCCGCCCGCCACGCUAGCACCGAUGAAGUCGUGCAGCUGCGUUCGCACCUGGCGUCCCUGCAAGACUAUAUCAAUGAGCUGCAUGAAAAGCAGGAGGUUGCCCGGCACGAGAAGGUCGCCCGCCAAGCAAGGAGGGAAGAACGUGAGAAGCGUCGGAGGGAGGCGUGGUUCGCGGCCGAGAAGAAAGGGCGCAGCGGCGAUGCGUCCAUGAACAAGAUGGAUAUUGACGAGGGUGUGUUGACCAGCGACUCAGCUGAACAGAGCGAUGAAUAG